UCCCCCGAGCUCCCUCUUCUCGUAUAUCUACUCCAUAACCUACACCGUACUGUUUGAAUCAUGAUGGCGAAGAUGGCCAAGGUCGCACUCGUGGCGCUCACCCUGGCGGCGGGCGGACUUGCGGAGGAGAAAGUGAAGCGCCACGCAACACAAUACUGGUAGUCCAUGUACUUCUCGGAGUUGUUGGCGGACGGUGACACCGUGGAGCUGCUCACCAACGGACCUUUCACGAUCAGUGCUGCGUGCGGCACCCUCGGAGGCGAAGCGGAGGUACGGCUGCUCCUGACCGUUACCGCGGACAGCGACGCCGACGAGUGGGUGUACGGAUACCCGGACUUCCUUCCCCAGGACUACUACAACUCGUGCGUCGGCACCACGGCCGCAGGCACGGUGAGCGACACGUGCAUCGUAUGGGGCACUGUGUCAGGCAAUGGUACCCCGGAGGAUGCUGGGGCGUACACCUCCCUCUCAGGGUACUACGUUUCCUUCGGAGGCCCUUCCACGAUCGGCUUCAACAAGGAGGCCAUGUCCAACGAGGCGUACCUCACCUACUCUAAUGGAUUCACCGCCGAGGAAGUGGCCGCUUUCCCCAACGACUGCGCGAUUUCCGGCGAGCUGACAUACAACUAGGCUUCCGGCGAUGACCCGUGAUUUGGGGAUUGCGUUUGAAUGUGGGCUUGCCGGUGUGGUGCUAAGGCGUCGACAAUUGGUUGGCCUAGUAACGUUUGAUCUGAUGCCACGUGGAGUACACAGUGGCAUCACACCGCGACUUGGUUGGCUGUCAAGCCCGAUACCUCUCGUUGCGAGUUGAUUCUGUAGGUGAUGCUCUUCGACGGCUUAGCGCCGUUGGCGACAUGUGGUUGUUCGGAAUUUCUAGGUUCUGGGACGAAUCUCUCCUGCCCAGGCGAUUGGGUGUUGGCACGGAUCGAUUAGAGAUGGAUUGUUCAACCUGGGGCCAUUUCGGCUGAUCUCACGUCCUGUGAGAUUUCAGGCAACGACUGCUCCAUGAAGUUGAUCCCUUUGAACAUAGAGUGGUCGUUGCCGCACCACAUUAGACCUAGAUGUGCUGUUUAGUUUGGUCGUAUGCUCGCGCGCGCGCGUGCGUAAGCAAAUGCUACAAGUGGUUAACGUGUUUGCGAGGUAGGCCCUCCCCUCGUGUGGUAGGGAAGGUGUGUGUGUUGGUUCGGGUUCUGCGUGAGAAGAUCGGGGAGCGCCUGUCGUGUACGGUUCGUGACAAGGGCUCUGGGGACUACGCGUGUACUUUCCCUACAUGUAUUAUUUCUUUGUAGUAGUAGUAUUAGAGAUACAUCGAGAUCAAGUAGAGGAAGUUGGUUAUCGCGAGAAAACGUGUCCGGUUCCUGGCGAAUGCCGCUUGUGCUCUUGUCAAGUUGUUCGACUGCCACUGCCACAAACAUGACGUAGAGGUUGAUAUCUUGUCGCGGAGUGCCCGGCUCGCCCCGUUGUGUCCACUGUUGUGUCCACUCCACAGCUUUUCACGAGCGCACCCACGUCCUCUCAAGUAGUUCCCCAUGCCGAGAAGGAAAGGGAAGUCCUUGGCCGCCUAGCAUGCGUGUUAAGUUUUAUGCAGGUUUUUCGCUGUCUGACAAGCCAGGUGAUUUCUUCGACAGCCAC